GAAAGGUUUUUGAAGGCUUGUGAAUUAGCCAAUUUAAAAUAUAAAGAAUUGAUUUUAGAUGUAGUCACACAUUGGAAUUCUACAUAUGAAAUGAUUAUGUGUGCUAUUGAAUAUAAAGAGAUAAUGUGGGAAGAGCAGGAUAGAGACAUGAUUAAAUGGGUGUUAAAUGAAGAAGAGUGGUCAAAACUUGUUGAAAUUUCUCAAUUAUUACAUCUUUUUUCACAUGCAACUAAACAUAUUUCUACAAAUCAUUAUCCAACACUUACUUCAACAGUUCCUAUAUUUAAUUGGCUAAUUGAUAAUCUUGAAGAUUAUGAACACAAUUUAAAUGGUACAAUUAUCAAAGAUAUAUACCAAUCUGGAUAUGCACCAAAUUUGGCUGUAUUUAGCAAUCCUGAAAAUAAUGAUAUUGAAGAAGAUGAUCUUACUGCUCAUAUUUACAAACAUCAACAAAUUAAUCAUGAGUCAGAGUAUCCACAUUUGGCAUUGAUGGCAAGAGAUUAUCUUGCCAUCCCAGCAACAAGCGUGCCAGUUGAGAAAAUUUUUUCAGGAGGAACUGAUCUAGUGACAGCAACCAGGUGUAGUUUAUCUGCAAGCACAAUUAGAGCUUGUAUGUGUCUUAGAUAUUGGUGA